GUUUAGACAUCUAGAUAUGAUGUGCUUGGCGAGGGCUAUGUGUUUGCUGUGUGUUUUAGCUCCUGGGAUUUUUCUGCUGCUCAUGCAACCUGGAGCUGCUUCAGUCCCAGAGGGGAGUGCAGAUCUUAUUCUCAGUGAUGAAGUGUAUGUUGGUGUGUGUCCAGAAGGAAAGUACUUCAACCAGCAGCUUUGUUUGGAUUGUCCUUCUGGUCACUUUUGCCCUGGAAAUGUAUCUGCACCUAAUCGAUGUCCAGCAGGAACAUUCAACCUCUACACAGGGAAAACCAGCAUCGAUGACUGCAAGCCUUGUAUUCCAGGCCUGAUCAGUUCAGAGGACAGAGUGGAUUGCCGGCUGUGUCCUGCAGGCUUUUCAUGUGACGUCACCAAUGGAACACUUUAUUUAUGCCCAGCAGGACAACAUUCACCCGAAGGGGUCCUACAGUGUCUGACCUGCCCUUUUGAUUCUGUUUGCAAGUUUGGGCUUCCUUAUAAGUGUGCACCUGGAAAGGAGCCCGACGUGGACCACACCGAAUGUAUUGACUGUUUCCCGGGUUUUUACUCCACUGUUUGUACGGCUCUGUGUCUACAGUGUCCCGCAGGAAAUUACUGUCCAGACAGUGGGAUGUCACAGCCGCUUCCCUGUCCUGCUGGUUGGACCUCCACACCUGGACAGACUUCCUGCCGUAGGUGUAAUGAUACAUCCUUGCUGUGUGGGGGCGCUGUGGCUCCCCGCUGGAGCCAGUUUGUGCACAGAUCUGGUCAAGCCAACACCUGUAGAGCGGGAACCUACAAACCUGUAAAAGAAGAUGGAGAUUGUAUUGCCUGUCCAAAAGGUCAUUAUUGUGUGGGAGGUGUGGCUUUACCCUGUCCUGCAGGGAGUUAUGGUCCUAAAGAAGGUCUGCAGAGACUGAAAGACUGUGCAAUCUGCCCUGCCGGGUUUUACUGUCUGGAAGGGAGCUCACAGAGACCCACCUCCCAGUUCAUGUGCCCACAGGGCUAUUACUGUGAAGAGGGCACCGCCACCCCUCAUGGGUCACCUUGUCCUGCUGGUACAUCAGGGGAACAACUGGGUCAGACAAGUAGGGCAGCCUGUAAAAGAUGCAAAGAGGGACGCUUCUGUCCCGCAGGGUCUUCAGGUGCAGGUUUGCCCUGUGCUAGAGGAAGGUUCUGUCCAGCUGGCACAGUGGAGGAAGUGACUUGUCCAUCAGGCACCUUCACCCCUCACCAAGGAGCGAUAAGUGUGAAGGAUUGUCUUAAAUGUCCGCCUGGUUUCUACUGUCCAAAGAGGACCAGCGACCCGAUGCCCUGUCCAGCAGGGUUCUUCAACCCCUUAGAGGGGCAGGAUGAGGUGGCCGAUUGCAGAGAAUGCUACCCGGGGAAGGCCUGUACACAGAUAGCGCUAAAGGCUCCAGAUGUAGACUGCAUGCCUGGGUUCGUGUGUCCUCCUGGCUCAUCAAAACCCAACGCACCAGCCAACGCCUGCCCUCCGGGAGCGUUUAGCAAUCGCAUCAACCUUACUGACCGCUCACAGUGUCAGCUGUGCCCAGCACAAUACGCCUGUCUGAGAGGAACUGGUGGUAUUCAAAGGCCGCCACUUCUUUGUUUCGCUGGACAUUAUUGUCCCCCUGGAACGAUGUUUCCCACGCAGUACAAGUGUCCAGUGGGGACAUGGAGCAGUCAGAGCGGGCUGGAGGCUGAAGCAGAGUGCCAGCCGUGCCCUCGAGGUUGGUACUGCCUGGCUGGGUCUGCAGCGCCAUCAGGCCGAUGCAACUCUGGACACUACUGUCCUGAAGGGACGGCAUAUGGCACCCAGCACCCUUGCCCUGCAGGAACCUACAGCAUCCAAAUGGGCAACAGAUACAGGGAGGACUGCUUGACUUGUCCCGAAGGGUCAUUCUGUCAGCUGGGGACCUCCAAACCCUCACCUUGCCCUCCCUCCUCAUUUCGCCGCCUGAAAGGAGGUCGAAGGCUGGAGGACUGCUCCCCUUGCCCUGCUGGCUAUUUUUGUCCCUACUCAGCCACUAUCAACCCGAGAGUCUGCGGAGCUGGCAGCUACUCUGAUGAGGGCUCUGUGGAGUGCUCUCCGUGCCUACAGGGGCAUUACUGCAGUAACGAGACCACCAGCGAGGAGGCCAUGCUGAGUGUCAUGGUGUGCCCACCUGGUUUCCUCUGCUCUCAGGGUUUGGCCAGAGACCCUCAGAGAUCAGCCACGCUCUGCCCUCGAGGUUUCUACUGUCCCGGAGGAGGCAUUGACCCAAACCCCAUUCCAUGCCCCAACGGGACGUACAGUUCGUCUCCUGGUCUGCGUGACGUGUCUCAGUGUGUCCAGUGUCCCGAGGGGAAGUAUUGUUACACCCAGCAGCCUCAGGAGCAGCCUAUCACCAGGCCUACAGAGCCAUGUCCUGAUGGGCACUAUUGCCCCCCAGGGACCGGCCACCCCUACACGUACCCCUGUCAGGUUGGCAAGUUCAGGAACAACACGCAUGGUCACACUGGAGAAGUCUGCAUUUCAUGUCCAUCCGGGCAUUUCUGCAGCCAACUGGGAAUGGAUCUGCCUUUACUCUGCCCUCAGGGGUCUUACUGUCCAGACGGCACCUCUACUCCUAAGCCUUGUCCCGAGGGAACCUACAGCUCGCACUCUGCUCUCAGUGAGCUCUCACAGUGUGCCCCUUGUGGCGGUGGACAGUAUUGCAGCGGUGUUGGACUGACAAAGCCUUCUGGAAGCUGCAAAGAACGUUUCUACUGCAGAGUGGGAGCUAAAUCUGCAACUCCAGCUGAUGGGCCAACAGGAGGUUUAUGUCCCCCUGGAGGCUACUGUCCUCUGGCUUCAACCUCUCCCAUCCCCUGUCCGUCUGGCACUUUCAGCAACAGCUCUGGCCUCAGCAGCCCUGAGGAGUGUGUUAGCUGUCCCCCUGGUUUUUAUUGUUUAGGCUCCAACAAUACCUCACCUUCAGGACGUUGUUUUCCUGGUUUCUACUGUGCUGGGGGGUCUUCAUCACCAAUUCAGAAUGAAGUAGAAGAAGGCUUUUAUUCCUUGGUAGGAGCAGCCAGGCCAGAGCCAUGUCCUUUAGGCACUUUUCAGCCGCGUCGAGGUGCAGGUUCAUGUGUGGCAUGUCAGGGAGGCAGGCUGUGCAAUCGAACAGGCUUGUCCCAUCCACCAGUCUGCCCCACAGGACACUACUGUCCUCCUGGUUCCUCUGCUGCACGGCCCUGUCCUUCGGGCACUUACUCUGACCAGCUAAGUGGUGAGGAUGUGAAGCAUUGUCGACCAUGUGAAGCAGGUUCAUUCUGCAGCAGAGCCAGCCUCUCCAAGCCUCAGGGUCUCUGUGACCCGGGUCACUACUGCACUUCUGGAGCCACCACAAGCUCCCCUGUAGCUGUUGCUACUGGUGACGUAUGUCCUGCAGGAUACUUCUGUCUGCGGGGGACAAAGUUCCCGCAGCAGCAUCCCUGUCCUGUAGGGACAUGGAGUAUCUCAGUGGGAGGCCAGAACCUGUCCUCCUGUUGGGCCUGCCCACCCGGAUUCUACUGCAACAACACUGGACUCAGUCAGCCGUCAGGAUUAUGCGACACAGGUUAUUACUGUUCAGGAGGAGCAAAGUUUUCAAAGCCAUCUGAUGGUUUAACUGGGGACAUUUGUCCAGCUGGACACUAUUGUCCCUUAGGGUCAGCUUUUCCAAUCCCUUGCCCUGAUGGGACUUACUCAAACAGUACAGGGUCAGAAAUGUGUGAUGAGUGUCCAUCGGGGACAUAUUGUCUGUCUGGAGAAGGCGUCCAGCCAUGUCCAGUGGGUCACUACUGUCUUGGUGGGGGGGUGGAAGGCAUCUUGCCUUGCCCGCCUGGCACAUUCAGCCCUCGGUUUGGUCUUCGUCGGGUAGAGCAGUGCCUCGUUUGUCCAGCAGGUUUCUUUUGUGAUGACUGGGGCCUGUUUGAACCUACUGGACUCUGUCAGUCUGGGUACUACUGCAUAGCAGGUGUGAACUUUGAGAAUCCCGAUGGGAACUUCAGCACGGGAAUCGGAGGAGCAUGUCCGCAGGGAAGCUAUUGUCCCGAGGGCACCAGUCUUCCUCUGCCCUGUCCACCUGGCACUUACUCUGACAGACUUUAUCUGACAGAAGCCUCUGGCUGCAGUCCAUGUCCAGCAGGUCAAUACUGUGGCACCACAGGACUCACUCGUCCAUCUGGUCUGUGUCAGGCAGGAUCCUAUUGUCCAGGUGGAGACACAGCAAGCACAGGCUCUGAAGGAGGACUUUGUCCAUCAAGUCAUUAUUGUCCUGAGGGGAGCUUCAGCCCAGUGGCAUGCCCAGCUGGAACCUACAGCAACCUCACAGGUCAGGCGGCGUGUUCGCGCUGCCCGGCAGGAUAUUACUGCCCGGAAAAGACUGACAACUUCUCCAAGUUCCCCUGUCCCCCUGGGUUCUACUGUCCUGAUGGAACUAAGCAUGCCACCCAGUUUCCUUGUCCUCGUGGAUACUACAACCCAGAGCCCAUGACUCAGAGUCUGGACAGCUGCCUGCCUUGUCCUCCAGGACACUACUGUGAGAAGGAGCGGCUGACCAAAGUGUCUGGAAAAUGCAAGGCUGGUUGGUUCUGUGUGUCCGCAGCGUGGAACUCGCAGCCCUUUGACCUUGAUAAUUACACAAAUGCCAACUGCCUGUGCCCAGCUACAUCCACGGGGGGGCGCUGUCAAGUUGGCUUUUACUGUCCUCUGGGAAGCUCUGAGCCUGUACCCUGUCCUCCGGGAACCUUCUGCAAUAAAUCAGGUUUAGCUUUGCCAGUGGGGCCGUGCUCUCCCGGGUAUUACUGUGUUCAAGGAGCCACUGAGAGCAGACCAACCGAUGGGAUAACAGGCAACAUCUGCCCUCCUGGGACGUUCUGCGCGGAAGGAUCAGGACAGCCAGAGUUGUGUCCACCUGGACGCUUCUCCUCUGUGUCUGGUCUGACUAAUGAGGCUAGCUGUCAGCCAUGUACGGCCGGAUUCUACUGUGGAGAAGCGGGACUUAGGACUCCUACUGGACCUUGCAGCCAAGGAUAUUGGUGUCCUCCUGGUCAGAGUGUUGCAACAGCUCUGCCGUGUCCUUCUGGUCAUUUCUGCUUAGAGGGGAGUUUAGCUCCAGAGCCCUGUCCUUCAGGAACAUACCAGGACAGAGACAAACAGGGAUCAUGCAUCAUCUGUGACGCUGGGUACUACUGUGACUUGAGACUGGGUCCUGUCAAUGCCUCCUCUCCCAGGCCCUGCCCUACAGGGCAUUACUGCCCUGCAGGUACAGCCCUGGCCAACCAAUACCCCUGCCCCAUUGGCUCCUUCAACCCAAGUGAGCGAACAAGCAGCCCAGCAGGGUGCAUCCCCUGUCCUGCUGGACACUACUGUCCUUCCAUUGGACUGUCAGAGCCAACAGGACCUUGUCAUGCUGGAUAUUUCUGCAAGCUUGGGGCGUCUUCUCCUUCCCCCCAGGAUGGAUUCUCAGGCUCCUUGUGCCCACCUGGUCACUUUUGCCCCUCAGGCGCCGGAUCCCCCAAAGCCUGCCCAGUGGGAAGUUUGUCAAACAGCUCAGGCUUGCAUAGACCGGAUGAUUGUAAAGCGUGUUUGGGGGGAUUUUACUGUGACUCUGCUGGCCUCACUAAGCCCAGCGGCUUCUGCAGUAAAGGAUAUUACUGCAUAGAGGGUGCUGUCACAUCAACCCCCAGUGAUGGGAUUUCAGGAGGACCCUGUCCUGAGGGUCACUACUGCCCCGAGGGAACUGUUGAACCUUUGCCCUGCAAUCCAGGGACUUAUGUGGCUGUAACACAUGCGAUUCAGUGUGAGCUUUGUCUCCCAGGCUGGUUUUGUGUGUCUGGCUCUCUGUACCUCUGUCCUGAAGGAUUUUAUUGUCCUGAAGGGACGGGAUUUGCCCUGAGAAGUUGUCCAGAAGGAACCUACGGUCCAGAUCCUGGUUAUUGGUCUGUCUCCCAGUGCAGACAAUGCGACGGAGGCCAUUACUGUUCUUCCAGAAAUGCCACAGCUGUCACUGGACCGUGCCAGGAAGGAUAUUACUGUUCACAUGGAAACGUCUCUCCACAGCCUCUUUCACAGGCUGCAGAAGGAGGACCUUGUCCUGUUGGACACUACUGUCCUCAGGCCACCAUCCAUCCUCAGCCCUGUCCACCUGGAACAUUCUCCAACAUCACCAGAGUGGCCUCCGAGGAAGAUUGUCAGCCAUGUUUCCCAGGUCACUACUGUGACUCAGCGGGGCUCUCGGCACCUUCGGGAAAAUGCUGGGAAGGCUUUUUCUGUGUGGAGGGUGCAGAUCGUCCUGACCCUCCUCUUAAGGACGACCGUGGAGGUCCAUGCCCAAAAGGUUAUUACUGUUCAGAGGGUUCUGCAGCUCCUCAGCGCUGCCCCCCGGGAACCAUCAGCACAGAAGACGGCCAAGCCAGCUGCAGUGUCUGUCCCCAGGGAUUUUAUUGCCCUGGCAAAAGUACCACAUCUCUGCUGGGCAGUUUUGAGUGUCCGCCGGGUCAUUACUGCCCGACCGGAACCCGGUCCAAAUACCAGUUCCCGUGUCCAGCUGGAAGUUUCAAUCCUCGCACUCGGAUGACAAAACCCCUGGACUGCCUGCCAUGCCCUCCAGGCUCAUUCUGUGCGACUCCUGGCAAAGACGUCGCAUCCGGCCUGUGUGAUGCAGGUUACUACUGUGUCUCUGGUGCUCGUUCGCCCACACCAGAGGACGGAGGGAUGACGGGUGAUAGAUGUCCUGAAGGACAUUACUGCUCUCAAGGCUCCUCGGCUCCGCUUCCCUGUCCUGCAGGGCAUUACAGCAACAAGAGCAGAAACAGUCAUAUCUCUGACUGCCUACCUUGUCCUCCAGGUUUUCUGUGUGUCAGCAGAGGGCUCUCUUUCCCUCCCCAUGUCUGUCCAGCAGGCUUUUACUGUCCAGGCACAGAAAACGGCAGCCUGCAGAACUCUAUGACCUGCUCACCAGGAAGCGAGUGCCCACCUGGAUCUGAUAGACAGGUGCCCUGUUUGCCUGGGACAUAUCAGAAUUUGCCGGGUCAGGCAGACUGUAUUGAAUGUCCUGCAGGAUUUUUCUGUCCUGGCAUGGUCAGCGCAGACGUUGACCAGGUGACUGGAACUUCCACUCCUGUUCCUUGUCCUAAAGGACAUUACUGCCCACCUGGAACCCAGACUGGUGUGGCGUUCCCAUGCCCAGCUGGCACUUUCAGCAGCCAGAUGGGAUUGUCCAAUAAGUUCGAUUGUGAGCCCUGCCCCCCUGGGAGAUAUUGCAGUUCUUCAGGCCUGGCUACUCCCUCAGGGUUCUGCUCUCCUGGUUACCUCUGUGUCCAAGGUUCUCUUUCGGCCCAGCCAGAGGAGGGUCCAACAGGACGGCGGUGCUCUGCAGGGUCCUACUGCCCACAGAGCACAAGCUACAUGGUUCCUUGCCCUGCAGGCACCUUUAGCUCCAUAGAUGGUGCAGUGUCUAUAGAGGCAUGUCAGCCCUGUUUGCCUGGCCACUACUGCGCUAAGCCUGGAGCAUCUUCCCCGUCUGGACCGUGCAAUCCUGGUUUCUACUGCAGAGAGGGAUCACAAGCUGCAUCGCCUUUGAGAAAUAUGACUGGUGAAGUGAAAUCUUCAGCCAGAUUUGAUGGCGAUUCAGUCCAUGGGGACGUGUGUCCUGCGGGACACUACUGUCCAAAAGGCAGCGCAAAGCCAAGCCCUUGUCCUCCAGGUACUUUCUUGGGGAGGACUGCUGCUCACUCCGAGGACGAUUGUGAAGCUUGCCAGCGAGGGUUCUACUGCCCGUCAUGGGCUCAGACGUCGGUGGACCUCAUCUGUCCCCCGGGAUGGUUCUGUCCAACAGGAUCGCCGUCUGGACAUCAGCCAG